CACACUGAGCCUCACCGCCUGCCAGCUUCGUCUCCUCUCGCUUCAGCCUCUUUGAGCGUUUUUGCCUCCUCCGUUGAUCCCGGUCUCUCUGCGUCUCUCCCUCCAAUCCAUCCAUUCGUCAGUCGCCUCCGUCGCCUGUCUCUCCAGCAUGUCGCUGAAGGUCCAGACCAGUAACAUUACUAACAAGACAGAUCCAAAGUCCAUAAACUCCAGGGUGUUUAUCGGCAACCUGAACACAGCAGCGGUGAAGAAGUCGGACGUGGAGAGCAUCUUCUCCAAGUAUGGCCGAGUGCUGGGCUGCUCCGUGCACAAGGGGUACGCCUUCGUCCAGUACGCCAGCGAGAGGCACGCCAGGGGGGCCGUGAUUGGAGAGAACGGCAGGGUGCUGGCCGGACAGACGCUGGAUAUCAACAUGGCUGGAGAACCGAGCCCAAGCAGACCCAAAAUCCUAAAGCGAUCAGCAGCUUCUCUCUACAGUGGCUACGAGUUUGAUUACGAUUACUACAGAGAAGACUUCUAUGACAGGUUGUUUGAGUACCAUGGCAGGGUGUCUCCGGUCCCUCGGGUGGUGCCCGUCAAACGCCCUCGGGUAGCAAUUCCUCUGGUGCGACGGGUCAAACUGCUGUCGCGUAACGCCUCUGUCCUGCCAACCAGCAACGGCAACAAACAGAAAUCAGUGAAAGGCACAGAGCUUCAGGCGAUCAAGUCAGAGCUGACUCAGAUUAAAGCCAACAUCGAGUCUUUGCUGGGGAGACUGGAGCAGAUCACAGAAGACACACACAUCCCCGCCACAGAGCUGAGGAAGGCAGAGGAGUGUAAGAGCGAGGAGGCGUGGCAGGAAGGAGAGGAGUCGAGCUCGGAACUGGAGGACCAGGAGGAGCACAGACAGAACAGCGAAGCUGAACAGGAGGAGGUUGACGAGGAGGAGGAGGAGGAGGAGGAGGAGGAGGAGGAAGACGAGAAGGAAGAGGGAGAGCACACGCAGGACGACACCCACGACCACAUGCCGGAUGACAGCCGCCUAUCAUCAGAGAUGGACUCCGUUCACCCAUGAGAGGUAAUGUGGAUCGAGGAGGGAGAGACAGAUAGAGAGAAAGAGCCAUGGACAGACAGAGAACUGGAUUACAUCACGGGAGGCCAUCAAACAGCUGGGAGCCCGAAACACACGCUCACACAAACACUCACACCCGUAAAAACACACAGUAGAGAGAGAGACUUGACACUUUGUCAGAGCCACAGGAAAAUACUAAAACAGCAGGGUACUGCCAGAACACAUCAUAAACUGAUAAAUUACACACACGCAGAAAACACACAGUGAUGGAGACAGACUCGACGCUGUGUCAGAGCCACAGGGAGGUAGUAAAACAGCAGGCUGCUGUCAAAACGCAUCUUAAAGCAAUGACUUUUACACGUACCACAUUUAGGAAAGCUGGAGCUCAUCAGAACAUCAUCUGCUGAUUUACAGGACUUUAAACAACACGACCGAUCAGGCAACAUACUGAGGCAGAGCUGGUUGUUAAUGGGAAACCUUGUUAGUUUAAAUUCUUCACUGAAAUUAUCAACAAUUCCAAACGAAAACUGUCAGUGCACUGAAGGGCUGAGCUCCAUAACAUGCUGAAUUAUGAAAUUUGAAGCCAUAAUUAUUUCCUGGGGAUUGCUGAGGAAAUUAAGCUAUCUAGAUCAUUCUGGGACUUUCAGCAACAGAGUCAAUUGUCCCUGUUAAAGUUAAUGUAAAUUGUGUAAGCAGAGAGAUAGAUAAAUAAAUACUGAAUCACAAUAUGGUGAAAUUUGACUGAAACACAGAAAAAAAUCUAAUGUAUUUUAUUUUUUUGAUGAGAAACCAGCGUCAGACUUGUGCUGUUUUAGGGGCAGGGGCCAAUAGAUAAACACAACAUGCACCAGCGUGCAGAACGUUUUCCAGGACAGCCUGUAUGGAUCUUCAUCACAUUUUCUCCAUUUAAGAGCAUCCUAGAGGGAACCUAAUCACAUUUUCUCCACUGGGAAUACACCCUGGAGGACAUUUCAUCACCUUUUGCCAUUUAAGGACACUUUUAAGGGCCCUUUGUCACAUUUUCUCCACUGGAAAUACACCCUAAAUGGCAUUUUAUCAGGUUUACUCCAUUAAUGCAUUCUUUGGGGCACUUCAUCAGAUUUUAUCUUUUGGAAGGACACCCUGUAGGGAACUUAAUCACAUUUUCUCCACUAGAAAUACACUCUAUAUGGUAAUUUACCACAUUUUCUCCACCACAUGUACAUCCAACUUCAUCACAUUUUUCCCACUAGAAAUACACUGUGUAGAAAUAUUUCAACGUGUUUUAUUUAAUUAAAAGCACCCUUGAGGGAACUUAAACACAGUGUCUCCACCAGCAAUACACCCUAUAGUAAGACUUCAUCAAGUUUUCUCCACUGUAAGCACACUAUAUAGGGUAAUUUACCACAUAUUCUUCACUAAAAGUGCAUCCUAGAAGGCAUUCCAUGUUUACUUCACUUAAGGGCACUCUUGAGGGCACGUCAUUGCAUUUUCAUUAUUGGAUGUCCAUCCCAAAGGGAACCUUAUCGCAUUUUUGUCCGCUGAAAAUACAGCCUAGAGGGCAUUUUAUCAUUUUUCUCAAUUUAAGGGAACCUUAUAAAGACAUUUCAUCAGGUUUACUCUACUUAAGGGCACUUCGUCACAUUAUCUCCAUUGGAAAUAGCCCCCUCUAGGAUAUUUUACCACAUUUUCUCCACUGGAAGGGCACACAGGGAACUUCAUCACAUUUUCUCCACUAGAAAUACACCAAAUAGGAACACUUCAUCAUGUUUUAUCCCAAUAAGAGCACCCUAGAGCAUCCUCUGAAAAUACACCUUAUAGGAACACCUUAUCAAGUUUUCUCCACUGGAAGUACAUUCAAGAAUGCAUUUCAUAAUAUUUUCUCCAUUUAAGUGCACUCCUAAGGGCCCCAAAUUGCAUUUUCUCUAUUGGAGGUGUACUCUAAAUGGCACUCCCAAGUUUUCCCAAGUUUUCCCCAUUUAGGGCAGGGUACAUGGUGUACUUCAUUAUGUUUUCUCUACUGAAAGGGCACCCUAGAGGGCAUAUCAUCAUGUUUACUCCAUUGAGGGACAUUCUUCAGGGCACUUCGUCACAUUUUCUUCACUGAAAUCACACUCCAUAGGGAAUUUCAUCAUAUUUUCUCAAUUGAAGGGCACUUUAUAGGGCACAUUUUCACAAUUUCUUUACUGGAGGGGCAACCUAAAAGAGAACUUUCAUCACAUUUUCACUGAAAAUACACCCUAUGUGGCACUUCAUCGAGUUUUCUUCAUUCAAAUGUGAAAUUGCUCCAUUUUUGUGUAAUUAAUUUUGUUGUUAAACAGCUGAUGCACAGAAAGUUUCCAAAGGGUCCCUGCUUAAAGACUGAAAUAUGAUAUUUGUGUAUACUUAACAUGAUAUGGUCAUCAUGUUCAGCAAUCAAAUUUAAAGUCAAGGAAAAAACAAAGUCAGAAAUUAUUUGUGAGUUAAACAAAAACUCAGCUUCAUCAGGACUGUGCUGGUGUGAUCAGAUGUAACUGACAGAAGCCUGGAAGCAAACACCAACUCUUGUAAUACAUAGAUCCACAGGAAAGGUUAUUUCAUGCACAGGAAUGCAUGAAAUAACCUUUUUUCACAACUGUGUCGUGCCCA